UCGACCUGGCCGGCCCUAUCAAAAGCCCCCCUCCUCCCUUCCACCCCGCACUCCUUCACCUCCUCCCACCUUCCCCUCCUCUGCCCCCACCUCCCCUGCUUCCUUCCAUUCCUCGCUCGCUCCUCCGUUGCUUCCUCCCUUCCCCCGUCCACAGUCCACUCCACUCAUCGGCCCCGCACCUCGGUAUUUGACCGAUUGGUGCCUUGGUGGAGGUAGCUUGCAAGCCUGUUAGCUGCUUCUUGCUUCCGGUUCUCGCGUUCAUACCAGUGCCGAUUACGGGGUGUCAGAGGCCGAGAAGCUCGUGCGCGCCAGGGAGGUGGCGAUGGAGAGGUACGAGGUGAUCAAGGACAUAGGAUCGGGCAACUUCGGGGUGGCCAAGCUGGUCCGGGACGUCAGGACUAAGGAUCUCUUUGCCGUCAAGUUCAUCGAGAGGGGAAUGAAGAUUGAUGAGAAUGUCCAAAGGGAAAUCAUGAACCACAGAUCGCUGAGGCAUCCAAAUAUAGUUAAAUUCAAGGAGGUUGUGCUAACUCCCACACAUUUGGCCAUAGUUAUGGAAUAUGCUUCUGGUGGUGAGCUAUUCGAAAGGAUCUGCAACGCUGGGAGAUUUAGCGAGGAUGAGGCAAGGUUCUUCUUUCAACAAUUGAUUUCAGGAGUUAGCUAUUGUCACUCCAUGCAAAUAUGUCACAGAGAUUUGAAACUAGAAAAUACUCUGCUGGAUGGUAGUAUAGCACCUCGGUUAAAGAUAUGUGAUUUUGGUUAUUCCAAGUCCUCUGUGUUGCACUCACAGCCCAAAUCCACUGUUGGCACACCAGCUUACAUUGCUCCCGAGGUGCUUGCUAGAAAGGAAUAUGAUGGAAAGGUCGCCGAUGUUUGGUCAUGUGGAGUAACUUUGUAUGUGAUGCUUGUCGGGGCUUAUCCCUUUGAGGACCCUGAUGAACCAAAGAAUUUCCGCAAGACUCUUACUCGGAUUCUCAGCGUACAAUAUGCCAUUCCUGAUUUUGUCCGAGUUUCGAUGGAGUGCAGGCAUCUUUUGUCCCGGAUUUUCGUUGCAAACCCUGAACAACGGAUAACCAUCCCGGAGAUCAAGAACCACCCGUGGUUCCUGAAGAACCUGCCCAUCGAGAUGACUGACGAGUACCAGAUGAGCGUGCUAACGGCCGACAUGAACUUCCCCUCACAAAGCCUGGAGGAGAUCAUGGCCAUCAUACAGGAGGCGCGGAAGCCUGGCGACGGGAUGAAGCUCACUGGGCAGCUCCCUGGCCUGGGAAGCAUGGAGCUGGAUGACAUUGACGUCGACGACAUCGACGUCGACGACAGCGGUGAUUUCGUCUGCGCCUUGUGACGAGCAAGCUGUUGGUUCAGGCCGUCCGACGCCGAAGCCGCCUUGAAAUUCCUUUCUCUUCUGGUCAUGUGUUCUGCUGUUGAUCCACGACGUUUGUUUCAGCGUGCUCCGAGCUCCCAUUUUGUUGUUGUGAUAUCACUGUCACUUCACUUGUUUUCUGUAACCGAGGUAGUGACGCUGUGGAUAAAUAAGACUUUUUAAGGCUGUAUUCUUGCUGAAUUCUUAGUGUUCGGAUCCUCUGUUUGCCCUGUAUGAAGGGGCUGUUUCAUGAAUGUCGCAAUGUGUAUGUUCGUGGGCC